AUGGCCGAUAUGAUGACUCCGCUGUGGCUCGACUGCGACCCAGGACACGACGACGCGCUGGCGCUGGUGCUUGCGGCGUUUGCGCCGUCGCUGGACCUCAUCGGAGUCUCCACGGUGGGUGGAAACCAGUCGGUGGCAAAGACGACGGCCAACGCCGCGGCCGUCCUCGCCAUGCUGGGCAUCACGCCAACUACCACCGAGUCGGCCGGACCGGCUGCUGAGAGCAAUGGGGAGGAGACCAAGCAAGGUGCGAUGACCAAGCGAUGUGUCCUUGUGCGGGGCGCGGACAAGCCGCUCCUCGCCCCGCCGCGCGGUGCGUGCGCCGAGAUCCAUGGCGAGUGCGGGCUCGGCGGAUCGGAGGAGCUGGAUGCUGUCCGCAAGCUUGUUGCCGGCGACGUCGGUGAUGGGCUGGCGGGCAGGGCUCGCGGUGAGAUGCCCGGCCCAGCGGCAGUGGUGAUGGCGACCGAGAUGGCGCGGGUUCAUGCCGAGACCGGGCGCAAGAUCACUCUCGUUGCCACCGGCCCACUCACCAACGUCGCGCUCCUCUUCUCGCUCUUUCCGGUCAAGAUGGCUCAGAUCCUGGAGCGGGUUGUCUUUAUGGGUGGCGCUUCGACUGGUGUCGGCAACACCUCGCCCGUGGCCGAGUUUAACAUCCAGAUGGACCCGACGGCGGCGGCCAUGGUGUUUGAGAACUGCCCUGUUCCGCUGCACAUGGUACCGCUCGAGGUGACUCACACCGUGCUUUACGACGAGUCGCAGGCUGCGCGGCUCGCCGAGAUGGACGAUACUCCAUUCCGCAAGGUCAUCCAUUCACUCAUGACCUUUUUUGCCUCCACCUACCGCGAGGUCUUUGGCUUUGACGCACCGCCGGUCCACGACCCGGUCGCCAUCUUCCGUGUCCUCGCGCCAGGCGCCUUCAAAGAGGAGCACUUCCGCGUUGACGUCGAGACCGCCCGCGGCUCGCUUUGCGAAGGCCAGACCGUUGUCGACCGGUGGCACAGCUCCGGCAAGGCGCCCAACGUCUGGGUCGCCUCCUCGGCCGCGCCGCGGCCAUCUCGCCGCUAG